CAGGAAGUGAGCAGAACUUCAUUCGUAAAACCAUUUCCGUGUAAACUCAUUCGCAUUUGAGACACCUAAGAGUAAACUCUGUAAGAAACUGGAUCCAAUGCAGGCGGUAAGUGCAGAUUCAAGGGUGCCAGAGCUCACUCAAGAAAAAACUGGCAUGUCUGCAAGCCUCAAGAGAAGCCCCGAACACGUUGGCGCUCUUGACAAAUUUGCCCACAAUAUGGCUGACAACAUAAUACAGUCGUUCAUGGGCCAAAUAGAGAUGGUGGAAUCUGAGUUGAAGUGCCGCUCGUCCAGUUUCAAUCAAGACCGGGAGACGUUAGCCGAAGAGUUAGCCUCGGCCGUGAUUGAGGUUGCUUUGAGGGAAGUAUGUAAAGAACAAAACACUGAGGAUCAUGUAGAAGGUUUCCAGAGUGCAAGAUCAGUUGAGGUAAAGAUGGAUGGUGGACAGGCUGAAAACUUGAACAUGGACUCUUCCAGACACACCAAGCCCUGUAACCCACCUCUAUCCCAGUCAGGACUCCCCUUAUUGGGAUCUCUUGACUACCCCGACGCCCCCCCUACCACCCCACUCCUACCUGAGCUCGAGAGGAGCAGACACAGUUUCGCCCGGAAGCUGAAAGGAGGCCUUGCAAACGAGUUCCUGCCGUCCCCUCCUCCGCCAACCCCAAAAGACAGAGAGGACGGGUCAGGCGCUCCCAUCGACGACCCACGGGUGGCGUUAAUGGAGCAUCUCAUGUCCUCACUGUCUACAAAUGAUAUGUCAAGAGAGUAUCUUGAAGUAGGACCUCAGCAUGGAACCAUGAUGGAGGCUUUUGCAGAGUCCCUCUCAUCUGAUAUCAUAGACUGGGUCUUGCACGCCAAAAGCAGAGAGCAAAUGGUAGACGCUAGCGAUCUUCAUCUAUUAGCCCACCAGCUGGCUGAAACCAUCAUUACCUCAUCCAUCGACGAAGCUAAAAUGCUUGUCUAGUGGUUUAAUGUGAUUAAUGCGAUCAUAUUUAUGACGACUGUAUGCAGCCAGAUAAACACAGAAGAGAGUUAAAAUAUUGAUAUCUACUCCUCCAUACUGACUGUCACUGUCCGACACUUUGAUUGAAGUGAGGUUCACUGCAAUAAUACUGUUUCUGGAAUUGGAUUUUCAACUUAAUUUAUUUCUUAUCCAGACAAAAAGUUUAUUUUAUUGAGGAAAAAACUGACCACAGUCCCAAGAAAAAGAUGCUUGACACGCAGUUAUAACAAACUGUGGCACAUCUUAUGACAUGUAUAUCGUGGGAGCUGUAUAUUUAAAGAUGCUGGAUGAUAAAACCCUGAGGUUUUGGUUUUAUUCCAAGAUGAAUGUAAAGCACAUUGCUGAGCAGAUUUGUGCUAUUGUUUAAUGCAAUUUUUGAGUAUGAUCCAACUGCAAUAACAACAAAUAUCCUUAAGAUGGCAGCACAGGAGCAAUGUUCCUGAGUAUUUUCAGCAUGAGGUCAUCAAAGUAAACCCAUGUGAUUAAAUGAUAACAUUGGUGCCAAUCCAGUUUUUGUAAUAGAAAAUGUUAUUUUGCUAUUAUAUUAAUGCAAUAUUGAACUUCUGAAUGUAUUACUUAAUAUGUUUAUUUUGCUUCAGGUCUUCUUAUGAA